GGUACUGCACGAGGAGGAUGAAGAGGUUGAGGAGGGGGUUACCGAGGGGGGUGUGUGCUAAUGGGUAGCCGACGAGAUAAACGAGGCAGUUUGCCUGUGUACCGUGUACUGUACUAUAGCCUGUACCUUACCAACAUGGCGGCGCCGCACACGUACCAGGCGACAGCGGCUCCGUCACUCCACUCACCUCGACCCCACUCGGCUGCUCAGCUUGCAGACGCUGAGAUCUGCUAAAGAUGAGUAGCGGCGGGGGGCACGCCACCCCCGAACCCGCCAGGGGCCCCGAAUCCCACAAAAGGAAGGACUGCCCAUCAGACAUGCUUGGGCCCAGUCCCAAGCGCAGCACGGAGCGGCGAAACCGCGAGCAAGAGAACAAAUACAUCGAGGAGCUGGCUGAGCUCAUCUUUGCCAACAUCAACGACAUGGACGACCUCAACGUCAAGCCCGACAAGUGCGCCAUCCUCAAAGAGACAGUCAAGCAGAUCCGACGCAUCAAAGAGCAUGAAAAAGCUGCGGUGGCUGACGCGGAAGAGGUGCAGAAGGCCGACAUCUCGUCCACUGGGCAUGGCGUCAUCGAUAAAGACACUCUUGGACCCAUGAUGCUGGAGGCUCUGGACGGCUUCUUCUUCGUGGUGAACAUGGAGGGCAACGUGGUGUUUGUGUCGGAGAACGUCAGCCAGUAUUUGCAUUACCAGCAGGAGGAGCUGAUGAACACUAGCGUGUACAGCGUCCUGCACGUGGGGGACCAUGCCGAGUUCGUCAAGAACCUCCUGCCCAAAAGCCUGGUCAAUCACCAUGGCGGCGACCAGUCGAGCCGGAACAGCCAUACGUUCACCUGCCGCAUGCUGGUCAAGCCGGUGGCAACGGUGGCGGCGACGGCCGACGGUGACGAGGACGGCUGGCAGGGGGCCGAUCAUCGGGAACCCUCGCAGCAGAAGUACGAAACCAUGCAGUGCUUUACCGUCUCCGAGCCCAAGUCCAUGAGGGAGGAGGGUGAAGAUCUGCAGUCGUGUCUCAUCUGCGUAGCCAGAAGGGUUCCAGUAAAGGAGCGAGCAGCCAUGUCGUCGUACGAGAGCUUCACCACGCGCCAGGACCUUCAAGGUAAGAUCACAUCACUGGACACCAGCCUGCUUCGUGCGUCCAUGAAGCCGGGCUGGGAGGACCUGGUCCGUCGCUGCAUCCAGAGGUUCCACCUGCAGAACGACGGCGACGUCUCCUUCGCCAAGAGACACCACCAAGACGUGUUGAGGAACGGCCAUGCGCUCAGCCCCUUAUACCGAUUCUCGCUGUCCGAUGGUACUGUGGUGUCGGCACACACCAAAAGCAAACUGGUCCGUUCACCCGCCACCAACGAGCCCCAGCUCUACCUGUCCCUGCACAUCCUGCAGAGGGAAAACAUGGGCACGAUACCUCUGGACCUGCCCACCAGUCUGGGCUUGUCUAAGCACACUGACUCCCUAGACGCCACCAUCACUAGAAACCACUUUACAACGUCUUCGUGCGGCUUCACGGGCCGAGCUGCCACGCCACAGGCCAACAGCCACAAACUCAGCAGUCCCUCGGCCCAGGGUAGCCCCAGCGUCACGUCCGGGAGCCAAGGUGCUAAUUUGUCCCCUCGCCAUCAUCACAGCCCCGUAAUGGAGCCUGGUUCUUUCUCACCUGGUGGUGGCCUCCAUUCCCCAGUGUCCAUCUGCAGUAGCUCAAACAACUGUAGUUUUAACCCAUUAGGAUCCCUUCAGGCUCUCAGCCAGGACCACCUGGCUUCCGAUUCCCCUGAUGGAAAACCCAAUGCCCCCAACACCCCCCUAACAAGCACCCAGGAAAAGGACCAUGCUGACUUGGAAGCUGACUUGCUGGGAACUUUUGGGGAGCAGCAGGACCCCUCCCAAAAACAGGACGAUGAGGCAGAUGAGAACAAGGAUGAAGAUCCAGACAGCUCUGAUGAGCCGGACCACCUUCUAAGCAACAAAGGCCACACGCAGCUUCUUCAGCUUCUCACGACCAAGCUGGAACCCUCAGAUCCUUGUUCGUCUCUUGGGGCCCUGGCGGACGAACAGUUGGCCGGUGUCAGUGCCUGUUUAGGGGGGGUGCACACGACCCACUCAGCCUCACUGAAGGAGAAACACAAAAUUCUGCACAGGUUGCUUCAGAACAGCAGCUCGCCAGUGGAAUUGGCCAAGCUGACUGCCGAGGCCACGGGCAAGGAGCCUGUAGGGGGCGAGUCUGGGGGUGACGGCGAUGAAAAUGUGGCUGCGCUAGCAGAGUUGGGUGUCAAGCAGGAGCCGGAGAGCCCCAAAAAGAAGGACAAUGUGCUGUUGCGCUACCUGCUGGACCGUGACGACAACGGCUUCCUGGACAAAGCCAUCAAGUUGGAGACAGCUGAUGGGGCCAAGAUGGGUGGUGCCAUCAAGACAGAGAAGGAGGACCCUGCUUUCAACAUGGGUGACCAGACCAGUGAGCUGGAGGAUCUUCUGGACAACCUGCAGGGGGGUGCCCAUCAUCAUCAUCAUCAACAUCAUCAUCAGUUGUUCCCCCGACCACCGUCUCUACCCAGAGGAGUUCCAGCCUCCUCCUCUUCCCCCUUGGUGGCAGCCGCCGGCUUCCCCACGGACAAACCGAACAUCAUCGGCGACAUCCUGCACAUCAUGGACGGCGCCCAGGGGGACCACGGUAGCCCGCCCCCCCAGCACCGAACCUUCCCUGCCAUCAGCCCUGCAGCUCCCGGAUGCAGCGCCAGGCCCGGCCAACCAGCUCGAGGGGCGCCGCUCGGUAGGAGCCUAUCAGAGGACAGCAUCACUACCAGACACCUCACCCCGCAGCACAGGAACAGUAACAUCAGCAACCCCUAUUCAUUACUACAGCAGCAGCAAAGCAUGAUUGGAAACCACGCGGCGGCAGCCAACAACCACCCGGGCAUGUUGGCCAAUGCCACGGGGCCGGGCCCCCUGCAGCCUGGGUGGGGCCCCCAGGGGCCCGCGGGAGGCCCCCCUGCCCCAUCUAUGGCCCAGGGAUUUCGGUCUGGUCGUGUGAUCCCCAACAUCAAUGGCGGCGGUCCCGGCAGGGGGGGGCCGCCAUCCCGACCUUUGGUUAACAUGCACAUGAUGGCAGGGGAGAUGGAGCUGCCUAAUUCUGCCUACCCUCAGCAACACGCACCACCGAAUCAGACGGCCCCGUGGCCGGACAGGAUGAUGAUGGACCACUACGGAACCCAAAGCAGGUCCCCGUACAGGGUCCCCCAGGACGACGGGAUGGGAUGCUGUGGCGGGGCACCUGAGGGCCCAGGGGCGGAUGAAGGCGCCCUCCUGAGUCAGCUGUGCUCUGUUCUCAAGGACUACGAGGGCCUGGAGGAACUCGACAAGAUGCUGGGGAUCCCCACGCUGGCUGGACAGGGUCCGGUGUCUGACCAGGACCAGCUGUUCUGUCCGUCGGACCCAAUGACAUCAAUGAAACCUCCCGUGUACAGUCAGCAUUACGCCGCCCAGUCUAGCUACGGCGGCGGCGGCGGCCUGCCUCCCGACUCCUCCUUCCUCUGCCCCUCCAUGGGUGGCGGCCAUAUGGGGCAGCAGAGGGUGGGCAGCUACCCCCCCAUGAUGAGGAUGCCUGGCCCGCAGGGGCACCGGCCAGGUGGUAUUCGGUCCGGAGGGCCCAACUCUGCGCUCACUCCACAGCCCAACAACCUGAGGCUGCAGCUGCAGCACAGACUGCAGGCACAGCUGAACCGUCAGCCAAUCAUGAACCAGAUGACUGGCGUGUCCAGUAUGAAUCUACCUCUCAGGUCCAACCUUCCCAACCAGGGCUCAUUCAACGCUCAGAUGUUGGCACAUCGUCAGCGCGAAUAUCUCAGCAACCACCUGCGACAACGUCAACAUCAACAACAACAUCAGCAUGGAGCCAUGAUGGCUGCCAACAUGCUUCCCAACAUGGUUACCGCGGGGGGCCCCUCCAUGGGCGGGUCCAAUCCGCGUCUGUCUCAAAGCGGCGCACAACACUUCACUUACGGAUCUCCCAGCUACGGAGGGAUGAGUCAGCACCAUCAUCAUCAAGACUCGACGUCCAUGUUGGCCUGUUCUUCAGGAACACCUCCCAGCGCCAUGUUGUCACCCAGGAUGGCAGCGGCCCACAGCCAAAUGCAGGGAGGGGCGGCGCCCGGCUACCCCAACAUCAGCCCUGCCGCCACCACCGGGGGCGCCGACCUCAACUCAUGGAUGCAGACGGCCAACAACACGUACCAACAGCAGACUCCGUUCUCCAGCGCCGGCGCCAACAUUUACAACAAUAACAACAUGAACAUCCACAUGAGUGGCAGAGGGGCCAACGUCGGCAACAUGUCAGCGCACAUCAACACUAUGCACACGGAACAGGUUGGUGACGGCAGUCUGAUCCUGGAUCAGCUUGCGGGAAUGGACAUGCUCACGCAAGAAGGAGACGUAAACUCUAACUUCUGCUGACACUUGAACUUGUGAAGUCGUAACCCUGCCUCCCUUCUUUGCCCCCGAACCUCAUAUUUCAAGUCAUUUCUGGUCCAGUACAAACGCCGGAAUACGUUUUGCUGCCACCUACUGACGGCCAGAUACAACAUCCAUAUUGUGGCUUUCGUACUCUGACGGCAAAACAUUUGUAUUCUCGUUUUGCUGUAUUUCCAUUUGAAAGCCUCACUCAACCUGUCAUACAUGCUGAGGAGUAUUUUCUCGAUGUUUCUACAUUUGAAGUACGGAGACGAAAGUUUAUCUUCUCCACUGUUCCAAAUUGUACAUUUCAAUACAGGUUUAUAGGAAGUCAAAUGGAAAUAAUUUUAUAUCCUCAAGUGGUAUUAUGAAGCAGCCCUGUUGACUUCCUUGAAGUAAAAAAAGAAAGGAUUCAACCUCAUUGUGUAUUCACCCCAAUUAUUUGAAUUGCAGGCCUGCUACAAUAAUAAUAUUGCUUAUUGAUCAUUCAAAAUCAGACAGAGGUUGAUUUACGCAACAUUCCAAGUAAUGAAGCGCGAAAUGGGUUACUCAAUAUCAUAUCCAGUAGGCUUACUUCAAAUCACAAACCAGUGUACUAUGCAUUUAUUUUUAAAGUUACUCCUGGUUUUCUUCUGUUUAUUUUAUUUUUUUUUUUUUAACAUUUACAUUAAAAAAAAAAAAAUUCAGGCCCUUGCGCUGUUCCUGUAGUCCACAAAUGAAGAGAGGCAACCCCUAUAAAAGGGUGACAAACAUUUUUUUAAGAAACGUACAAUAAUUAGAUCAUCAAACUAUGUAAAAAUGUGCAAAAGGUUCAUUUGAAAAAAAAAAUUCAAAUCCACCCGUAGCCAUACGUCAAUCUUUUCCCUCCUGUAUAUUUGCAGGUUGUUUUUCCCCAUUUAUAUUUUACAUUGUGGUGUCAAGGAACUGUGUUGAAGUGAGUUGAGGAGGUCCGUGUGGAGCUUGGCCACCCGCCUUCUGGCACCUACAGGCAAUUACAAUCCUUUUUGUCAAUUGCUUGCAGAUUUUCUCUCUUUGCUGCAGGGCUCGGUCCUAUCCUGCUUGAAUUGUUGGGGAAAAACUCUAUUAUGGUCACUACUCCAGGUUGUGUCUUUGGGGGGGGGGGUCAGCUUGUGGUCACGGGGCCAUAAGCAGGUACUUAGAUGGCUUAUUCCUUUGACCGGUGUGACGGUCUAAGCGUUCCCCCGUGCUGAAAAGUCUCCUUGUGAUGAAUGCGCAUGCGUUACUAACAGGGUAACUCUGGGUACGUAGCAGACGUGUACUGGGAAAUCCUCCGGUCUCAUAGUUCCCCUUCUUCUACAUAGAGGGAGCUAACAUACAUCAUAUCCUAACCCGAACCUAACCUUAAAACAAAGGUUGAUCAAAAGAUAUACACAGAUAUGUACGUUCGUUGUGUUUGUCUUUCUAGACGUCCAUAGCGAACAUGAACACUCGGCGACAAGUUGUCGAAUGGCACAUGUUGAAGCAUGGAUGGGGAUGUUUCAGACUGGCCGGAAGUUUACAAUAUAUACGCCAAUGCGCAUUAAUUAAAAGGAGACUUUUCAGCACAGGGAGCGCUCAGACUGUCACACGAAACGCAUUAUAGCGUAUCGCAUUUGGAUGUAUUUCUGUACAUUGAGGGUACUCCUUUUGACACCAAAUAUAAAGCUAAUGUUGUUGUAUCAUCAGCCUUAACGGUCUUAGAUGCUAACACGAGCUGUAAUGAAUAAGCAUUUUAAUCCAACAACAGUUUCAAAUAAUGGAAAUCCGGUUGAAAUAAAUACAUGAGCAAAAUAAAAACUGCGAGCGGUCUUCAAUUGAGAAGACGAAUUUUAGCAUUUUACCUCGCUGACUAGUUAACAAGCUAGCACGCGCUUGGAGAGUGGGCUAACUCCAUUUAGGGUCAUUUUGCAGGAGAGUCUUUUAAAAAUUUGAGUUUCUUUCACCGUCUUAAGUUUCAUAAGUGGGAUGUCGAUUGAUAUCAUUUAGAUUGCUUGAAAGAAAAGAUAAACAAAAUUUUUUCACAAAGGAUGAUAAAUAACAUUCACUCCUACUUAAAGGAUGACGUUUAAUGAGUCUUCUGUCAAUCUAUAAACUUUACUUUCUGGGAUGUUGGCCCAGUGUUGCACUCAGAAGUAGUGCUGAGUCCAAUGAUGGAGUGUCGCCUACACAUCAAAAUUGGAACCAAAGCUUGAUUUAGCGCAGUCUUCAUCAGAGCGAUUUUCUUAUUCCUUUUUUCAUUUCUGCACUCAAAAAUAUCAGUAAUGGAUUUAGCCUACAUUAGCCGCCAGUGGCUCAAAUUGGUUGAAGAGUGCUUUGUACACAAUGUUGAUUUCACAGAUAAGCAACCAAAGUUAUUUGGAUUUUUCCAGAACUGGAACUUGAAAAAUCAACAAAAUGUGUUUUAAGUUGACUUUUUGACGAUAUCUAUAUUUUUUUUCUGAAUUAGCCCACUGUAGUUCUCAGUGGCUUCAUUUUGUUUGAGUGCUUUGUACAAAACAGCAAGAUCGAUGUCAGAGAAACAACCAAAGUCAUUUAGAAUUUUACACAACGGCUACGUAUGAGAAUCGACAAAAUGUCUUUUGAAGUCGACUCGUCUGCGAUAUUUUAGUCAUUUCCUUCUUCUUCUACUGAUGGAGCGUCAACUUGAAUGGCAACACACUGAAAUGAAUGAUUGAUUCUGCCUUGAGAAAGCUGGAGAAUUCGCUUUGAGUUUUGGUCGUUUAAGCCCAAAGACGUGAUGAGGAAAAGCCAUUCGAAUCUUCUGAAUGUCACUUUUCAGCCUCUCUCUGGCUGACAUAUUCAUACAAAUAUAUUAAUAUAUAUAGAGAGUAUAUUAUACAUGAGACUUUUCUUACUGAAUAGACGGCUAUUUUUAUGGGUGCAGAAUACUGUGUGUACCGUGCAAGUACCUUUCUCGAUAAUAAUGCCUUAGAAGUCCCAUUCAAUGUUUUUUUUUUUUUUUUCGUUUCAUGCGACAUUUAUGGAUGUUUAACUCCCUUUCUCUCAUGGCUGAUUUGAUGAUAUCAUGUAUGAUAUGAUUUGGCCAAUUAACAUUUUAAAUAAUGAAUGUAAAAUCCAGAAUGGAAUAUUAGAUGAUAAUUUCACAUUUGAUUCUGAAGAGUGCUCAAUGUUGUUUCUUCUUUGGUUUGUGCAGCAGAAAGACAUUUACUGUGUUUUUUUUUUUUAAAGUUAUGAGCUGUUCAAAAGGAUAAUAAUAUAAUAUAUAAAUCUUUUAACAUUGUCAGAGAGUUGAAUAAAGCAAAGACUUGAUGGAAAGGUUGUGGACGCUGCCACCGGUUGUUAAUUUAUGAUUGAUGCCACUGUAAAUAAAUAAUUUUUAUUCACACCCCGCCUGCCUUUUCGAGUCAUUCGUAUGACUGUUCUUUAUUUUGAUCGAAAUGAGCACAUCUGUGAAGUUCAAUUUGACAUUGAGGGAAUGCCAUCAGAUUAAAAUCAGUCACCUUAGAUUUUAUUUGGGCCUAAAAAUCUAGUAUUUAUUGAUAUCCAAUGAAUUUAUCUUCAUGGGUAAUUUGAAAUCAGUGUUUUCUCCAUCUAGUCGCUUCUGCAGCAUUUAUUACUAUUUAUUUAAAACCGGUCUCGCCCUCGUGGGCGGUCAUAAACGUGAAUAUUCCCUUACAUGCAUACCU